AUGGAGCAACUGUAGAUGCCUGGCUGUAUUUCCCAGGCCUAAAGGCCCUCGUCACGUUCGCCGCACAUCUCUCUGUUGAAUUGUCUUUUCUUCUUCUGCCUGGAUAUAAAUAUCAUCGGAGAGCGAGCGAGCGAGCGAGGAGUGCGCAUGUGUCCCGUGUGUAUAUAUUGGCGACUGCUGCUGCUGCUGCUGCUGCUGGCAGCGCCUAUCCGAGUGUCAGUGCUGUUGUCGUCCACCGCCACAGCACAGUUCCCAGCACAGCAUCCAGCAGAGUCUCUCCGCAGUGUAGCGCCGAAAAUCUAACCGUCCAAACCAGGAAACUUUGACAGCGGCGCGUGCCGACGAUAUAUAAUCAAGACGGCAAGGCCCUCGCCGCUUUAGUGCGCCCUGUGCCUGUGCCCAGUGAAGUCUGUCGAUUUUGGGUCCCGCCAGACGUUUGCGUUUGGAACACCAUGGACCAUCAUCAUCACUUUCACUACCGUCACCAACAGGAGCACCAGCAGCAGCACCAGCAGCCCGAGCAGCAACAAGAGUUGGAAGAAUGGCACCAACAACUCGAUCUCGAGCAUCACAUUCGCCACUGCCAGUGUUCUUGCAAUCACAUGGGCUACGGCAAUUACUGGAGUUACAAGGAUAAUUUGGACAAGAUCGGCGACGAAUUUCUGGUGACGCCCAAUUGCGUCAGCAAUAAAACACAGCCGUGCAGCUCACCGGGCAGUUUCAACGGCCGAUCUGAAUUCUCUUCUUCCUCAAUACCGGCCGGUUAUUACGGCCAGAAUGGAGGCGGGACGAUUCCGAGAAACCACCGGCGACUGCAUCAACACUACUCCACCGGCGGUGGCGGCGGCGGCAUCGUCGAAAGUCAUUUCCUAUCGCCGUCGAGUCAGGCGUCAGCCGCCUCGGCUUCGUCUGCCCGUCGACAUCUGCCGCAUCCGCUCAACGGUUCGGCGUCGAUGGUUGCCGAACCGGGUCUCGACGCCGACGACUUGAUGAACGACGAUAGCGACUCGGCUUCGCAGCAGUCUAGCCGACCAGCAGGCAAGUCAAAGUCGUUCAUUUCUCGUUAG